CGGGAAUCGAUUAUCUGAAUGGGAAGGCGCGAUUUUACGUCAGAAGAGUUUCUGCCAUCCUAGACCUAACAACUCUGGUUUUGUAAUUUUUGCUAGAAAGCGAUUGAAAACAGAAUUUUUUCAAAUUUGUUUUUGUGUUUGGAAGUUCUAAAAGUUUUUCCGAGAGAGCGAGCGAAAAAAGUGACUUUCGAGUUGGGCGUUUGUAAACCUCAACUCUUCCUUUGGUAGGCCCUCAGGCUAGAAAGAUUUCAGCAACCACUAAAGGCGAAUCUAAUUCCCUUUCAAGAUGGUUUUCACCCAAUCCGUACCCGCUCAAGCAGCCUCAUGGCGAGAAACCAGCGCCCACACUGUACGAAACGUACCAGAGCAAUCAUACGACAGAACUCCACCAACACUCAACUCAUAUGCAAGACUUAGGAGACUUCAUCAAUAUGGAAACGAUGCAAUUCGUAAAUCCUUACGAAGUCAACCCGAUCCUGGAGACAAUCACCGCCGAACAACCGCAACAGGUGAGUGUAAAUCAGGACUAUUUAACAUUAAAAGACGAGUUAGCGACAAACAAGCUGAAAAUGGAGGAAUUCAGCGAUCUGUCGACCAUUUUGUCGGUCGAAAAUCUAGAUUUAACAGGCUCUGUAGAUGAACUGAGCACUCCAGUUUUCGAUAAAGGAGCCUUUGAUUUCUGCGCAACCAAUUCGGCCAAGACCGCAUCAACUCCAACAACCAACUUAAAAGUAAAAGUCGAGCUCAAUGCACAAUAUUACCCAUGCGGCUUGUUAGCCAAUGAUAAAAAUAAUGAAACAUUUAGCGUUAGUACCGCAUCGUUGGACGACGACUAUGCCCAAAUAAUAUCUUAUAACAAACCACUGAAUAAUCCAACACCAUUCGCUAGUAAUUUAAGUUUAAGCAGUAAUAACAUUAAAAAAUCUAAUUCUACGGCAACAUCGCCUCAGGAUGACCGAUACUCGUACGUUUCAUCUCCCGAUCAACAAAUGGAUUUGGAGGUACCCCAACAGUACUAUUACGAUUACAAUCCUAAUAAUUUGAAGUUGAACUUGAUGACGGAAGAAUUCAAGUAUCCUUUUAAAGAGGAAGGAUUGUCCACUUUGAAUACUCCUGAUGUUAUUGACGGAGUCGUCAAUAUGGGGAACGAGUUCAAUAUUUUGGAUUUGGUCAAUAAUGAGGACAUAACUAUAUUAAGCGCAGACGAGGAGUUCCUUUCAGCACUGACCAGCCCUACGACUACCGCCUUCUCUUCCGAACCUCCUACACCUAUACCAGCCAAAAAAUCUCGCAGAAGAAAACACUCAACUUCGGACGACGACGAAGACUACGUACCGCCUUCAAAAAAAUCAUCUACAGUUCGCUUUUCAGAUAUCGAUAUCGAACAGAGCAGUUCUAGUGACGAUUAUCUACCGCCAACAAAGAAUACCAAACCUCGUGGUCGACCGCGCAAAGUGUCCGCUAGUAGACAAGACUCAAAGUCGACGUAUCGCGAAUUACGGGACAAAAAUAACGAGGCUUCGCGUAAAUCGCGUCAAAAACGCAGAGAAAAAGAAAAGAAAUACGAAAAGGAGGCUGAUGAGUUGCACGUUAAAAAUAUAAAACUUAAGGCUCAGGUUGAGGAAUUGGAAAAAAUGGUCAGCAGUUUUAGAAACAAUCUUUUUAAAAUUCUUGUUUCAAAGUAAGCAGGUAUUUGUAUUGUGAAUAUUUUAAAUGCGAGCCACAAAUUAUAUUUAUGAAAAUAUUUGUUGGCUCAAAUAUGUUACUUUUGGCAUGAAAGCUUUAUUAAUUAUAUUAUUAUUAUUAAUUAGUUAGAGCCACAUUGGUUUACAUGGCUAUAACAUCUUUGUUAGAUUACUAUUAAAGCUUGUAUUUUAUCAAUAACAUAAAAAUAUAUAGAUUUAAACAUUAAAUAAGAUAUUGUUAUAUAUUUUUGUGAAAUUUGUUUAAAGUAAAUUUGUAUUUAUAUGCUAGCUGGAAACAAAUUUCAGUCUACUACAAUGUAGUAGAAUUUAUGCUAGUAAAACUGUUUUUAUACAAUACUGGCUUUUUUUUUUUAAAUAGUUACCUAUAUUAUUACAUAAUAUAAAUGUGUACCUGCUUGACUUUUUUUUUUAACUAUUUUUAUACUUUUUGUAAACGAUUGUUUUUGAAAUGUCUGAAAUGAACAUUAUAGUAUUUAGUUUUAUAUUAUAUUUUUUAUACAAUAUAUUAUGCUUGUGUUGGACUUUGGAAUAUUUGUUUAGAUCAUCUAAUGAUUAUAGUAAUAUUAAUUGGUAUAUUUGUUCAAUAAUAAAAAAAAAUUAUUUGAUUUUA